AUGGGCGUCCCCUUCGAGGCAUUUCUGCCAUACGUGAUUAUGGUGGGCAUGUUCGGCGUCACAGGUGCUGGCCUCGCCUCAAUAAGAUACUACGCAAACGACUUCAAGCAACCGCGGAGACAGUUGGAUAUCUGGGAUAGACAGAUGAUGGAGCGGGAUUACCGAUUGACAGGCAAGAUCAGAGGGCAAUCUGAUGCAGUGGCAGCACCUCCAGCAUUCGAAGUGAACAGCAGGUGGAAGGCCGAGCCUCGGAUCACUUAA